AUGUCAAAACCGGUGCCCGGCUCCGCUGACCAACAUCUUCCCUUUUAUUUCAAGGGCGGCUUCGGAUGGUCGACGCAAACCAACGGCGGCUUCCUGGCCACUCAAGGCUUCCUUCAGAUGUUCGCCCAGGUCAUACUCUUCCCAUGGCUGAGCAAGAAGCUCGGCAGUCUCCGCACUUUCUGGGUCGCCAUGGCCCUGUACCCGAUCUUGUACAUGCUCACCCCUUACCUCGUUCUCCUGCCCUCAGCCUUGCGCAUUCCCGGCCUGAUGUUGCUAUUGAUUGGCAAAGUCACCUUUCAGUCCCUCUCCUACCCCUCCCUGGCCAUCAUCCUCGCCAACUCAUCGCCAUCCAAACGUGUUCUUGGCACCCUGAACGGUGUAGCCAUGUCCACCGCUAGCAUUUCUCGUGGCUUUGGUCCCACGAUUUCGGGUGCGCUGGACAGCCUAGGCGACACAAUGGGCAUGACGGGUCUGGCCUGGUGGACCAUUGCCGCCGUCGCCCUCCUCGGAUGGCUCCCUGGACUGGCUCUCCAAGAGGGAGCCAAACGACCAAACUACACUUCCGUCUGCGACGAGGAAGCACUCCUGGACUCGGACACAGACUCGGUCAUUACCCUGACACCCGAGGAGACGAUCGAGAGGAUCAUUUCCAAAUAG